UUCAAGUCGGCGUGUAAACAGUGUAGCACACCAGUAUGUCCAGUGCUUUCGCAGCUUGGAGGUUAUUUAGAUGUAGAAUAUUUAAUGAAGACAUUUCUGAAAGUGAGGUGUAGUUUUCUCCAGGAGCCAUGAAACUGUUCCACUGCCUCCGUCAUGUCGACAAGUUCAGAUCCGUGUUUGACUUCGGCGGCCGGGAGGUGGCUCACUGGUUCCCCGGACACAUGGCUAAAGGACUGAAGCAGAUGCGAGCCAGUCUGAAGAAAGUGGACUGUAUCAUAGAGAUACAUGAUGCCAGAAUCCCAUUCUCUGGAAGGAACCCUUUGUUUCAGGAGACUCUCGACGUUAGGCCACAUGUUCUCAUUCUCAACAAGAUGGACCUAGCGGAUAUGACAAACAAGCAGAGGAUCCUGAAGAAGCUAGAAAAAGAUGGGGUGCAGAACGUUCUGUUCACAGACUGUUUGAAGCAGAGAGAUGACAGCAUCAAAAAGUUGGUGCCGAUGGUGCUGGAAAUUAUAGGGUUGGGACCACGUUUUAACAGAGACGAGAACCCAAAUUACUGCCUGAUGGUGAUUGGAGUGCCCAAUGUGGGGAAGUCAUCUCUUAUUAACUCAUUAAGGAGAACAAACUUGAAAAAAGGUCGUGCAUCUCGAGUGGGUGGAGAGCCUGGUAUAACUAAAGCGGUUCUGACUAGAAUUCAGGUGUGCGAGCGACCCAUAAUGCACCUGUUGGACACGCCAGGAGUCCUGCCUCCAAAGAUCGAGAGUGUUGAGACAGGCAUGAAGCUGGCUUUAUGUGGAACUAUACUGGACCAUUUAGUUGGUGAAGAUGUGAUUGCUGACUACUUACUCUACUCUCUGAACAGGCAGGAGAAGUUCAGUUACGUGGAAAAAUACAGCCUCCCAGAGCCCAGUGAUGACAUCCAGCACGUUCUCAAACGCAUCGCUGUAAAACUCAGAAAGACACAACGGGUCAAAGCCAUUACUGGAGUUGGCAACAUCACAGUGACCAUCCCGAACUACACAGCAGCAGCUUACGAUUUCAUCCGAGCUUUCAGGAAAGGAGAGCUGGGACGAGUCAUAUUGGACUGAGCUGAGCCGUUUAAAAACCAGACGACCAGAGACUGUUGCAGGAUUUUGUCCUCAACCGGAAAGGAUUCCUAUUUAACCACAAAGGUGUCCUCCAGAAAUAUAUUGUCCCUCUCCGUCCUCAUUUCUUUGACAUUUUGAGGACAUGAUAAAUUCUCUUUUGUUCAUCGAUGAUUUAAAAAUUCAACAAAUGUGUCCUCUGCACAAAAACUUGGUGUAAACUGGAUAUUUAAUAGCAUAAAGACAGUGAUAACAAAUUCUUUUUUACUAUGAACAUAAGUACAGUAGCAUAUAAUACAGUGCAUUUAUAGAUACGGAACAGUCUGUUACUCCUGAGUUUGUACUGCAGGUAAAAAGCUCUUCCUGGAUGAUGGCCAGGUUCUGAAAAACGUUCAGAGACGUAACAGUGAGAGCAGCAGUUUGUUCUCGAGUGUUUCUCAGACCAUGACGUGAUUCCCACACAGGUCUGAGGAAUGAUUUCAGUGAUACAGUAUAAAAGGGUGUGAAUCUCACAA